AAUAAUGAAUCGAUUUGAAUAUCCAUUCUUUUGAAAGUCACAUAUGUGAUGUGGCUUUUGUUCUGUUUCGACCUCGUCACUACUUACUUGUUUAUACUAUCGCGUAACCCAUGAAACACGUGCUACCAAAAAUUUGAUCGAACUAUUCGUUGAAGUAAAACAUUCGAAAUAUUGUGGUAAAAUAGUAGUGCAACUGCAAUCCUAUAAGAAAAAUGUCGAAUAUGAAGCCUCCUGAUUCUAAAAGGGAAGAAUUUCGAAAAUAUCUUGAAAGAGCGGGUGUUUUGGAUGCUCUAACAAAGGUACUUGUAUCUUUGUACGAAGAGCCAGAGAAGCCGGAUGAUGCCUUAGAAUACAUUCGCCAAAACCUUGGAGGUAUCACAGAAGCUGAUAUCGAAAUGGAAGCAAUAAAAAAAGAAUUGGACGAGUCUAAAGCUAAGAUUAUUGAGUUAAAGGCAAAAUUAGUAAAGUACGAAGCAAACGGAGAUGCAGAUAAUUAAACAAAUUUUAUAUUAUAAUUCAAUACUAGUCCCUGCUAAACAAUGACUCACGAAAAGUCAAAGUGACCAUGUGCCUUACAAUAAAUAUAGUGAACGACUAACAGUUUAGGAUCUAAACUAAGUUAAAUUUCAUUUUGCAGUUUUCAUUAAUCGUAAGUCUAUUUUGUCAUCAUGUUCACAAAAAGUAUAGGUUAUACUAUUUAUAAUUUGUUCUAACAAAAUCAAGUAUAACUAAAACCAUGUGAUAUAGAAUGUAAUCAAAAGCUUAAAGGCAGGAUAUGGUAACUAUAUUCUAAAGCUCAAAUAAAGUUUUGUUUUGUGUAAUGAC